AUGAAAGUGCCUUUUUUUAUUAAACUCCUAAAUUCAAUUUCAUAUACCUCUUCAAAUUUUUUAUCUACACAUCCUAAAAAACUUAUUAUUUUUACGAUUAUUUUAACAAUAAUAUGUUCAAUUAAAAUACCAUUAUCAAACAUUACUAAUGAUGUAUCUGAUUUUACACCUAAUGAAGCUCGUGCACGAUAUGAAAGAAUAAUUUAUGAUCAAUUUUUUGCUAAUAAAGGACAAGGAAAAAGUGUAUUUAUUUUUAUUACGGCAAAAAAUAAUGAUAAGAAUAUGUUAAGUGAAGAGGCAUUGCAUGACACAGUCGAGAUACUUGAUAUUGUUUAUUCAAAUUUUACUGUAUAUGACAAAUUAACAAAUAGAUAUCUUAAUUAUACAUCAUUUUGUAAAAAUUUUUGUAUUAUAAAUGAACCAAUUAGACAUUUUUAUAAUGGAUUAAAAAUUAAAAAUAAAUUUAAUGAUACAAAAUCAGAUGGUCAUUUAGAUCUCAGUUUUCCAAUAACUACUGUUUUAGGAAGGCAAAUUCAUCUUGAUCCCAAUUUUUUUGGAGCUAAUAUUGAAAUAAAGUUAAAAGAUAUGGAAAAAACAUCAACAUAUAGUAUGAUGAAUCAAUUACAAUUAACUAAAGAAAAUGAUAUUUUAUCAUCUGUUAAAAAUAAUUUAAAAAGUUUUAAUUUAGUUUUAUUACAAUUUAGAGCUGAAAUACCUUAUGGUGUUAGCCCAAAAAAUGCUACAAAAUGGGAAUUAGAUAUUGUUAAUUAUUUUAAUGAUUAUUAUCAAAGUAAUUCUAUAAAUGCUUAUGUUUUAACAGAAACUUUUCUAACAGAUGAAAUUGUAAGAUCAGGUUUAACAUUAGCACCUUUUUUAUUAAUUGGUUUUAUUAUUAUGACAAUUUUUUCAUCUAUAACAAUGUCAAUUGCUGCUGCAUAUGUGAAUCAAUAUAAUCAUCAUAAAAUAACACUAGCAUUUUUUGCCUGUGUUUGCCCAUUUAUGGCAUGUGGAACAGCUUUAGGUUUAAUGUUUUGGUUAGGAUUCAGAUUUGGUUCAAUAUUAUGUGUAACUCCUUUUCUUGUUCUUGCAAUUGGUGUUGAUGAUUCAUAUCUUAUGGUUAAUUCAUGGCAACGGAUACUUAAGUCAUAUCAAUUAACAUCAUCUAAUAAUCUUUCAUCAAAAUCUAUUUUUAAAGAUGUUAUCAUAGAUACUGUUCCAUCUAUAACUAUAACAACAUUAACAAAUAUUCUUGCAUUUGGGAUAGGUGCUUUAACACCAACACCAGAAAUUCAAUUAUUUUCAAUUGGUAAUACUUUAGCAAUUAUUGUAGAUUAUUUUUAUACAUGGAUAUUUUAUGGAACAAUUUUAUAUUUAUGUGGAAAUAAUGAAAUUGAACAAAUUAACAAUAGUAAUAAAGAUAAAAGUGAGACCGUUUCUAAAACUGUUGAAAAAAAUAAUAUUAAAGAUAAAAUUAAAAAUUUGUUAGGAAAAUUUUUAGAUUAUUAUUGUAAUUUAUUAACAAACAAAAUUAUUGCAUCAUUAAUUAUUGGAAUACUUAUAUUAUAUUGGUAUAUAUCAAUUUCGGCAACAUUAAAUAUAAAAGCAGAAUUAAUACCACAAAAAUUAUUUUUAGAAACCUCAAAUGUUGUUAAAAUACUUGAUUUAAGAAAUGAAUAUGUUGUACCAUUUUAUGCUGUUGUAUUUGUUUUUGUAAAUAAUCCUGGUAAUAUGUCAGAUCCAAAACAAAUAUUAAGAUUAAAUAAUAUGGUUAAUGAUUUUGAAAUUGUAUCAAAUGUUAUUGCAAAACAUUACACAAAAUAUUGGUAUAGAGAUUAUGAAUUAUUUAUCAAAAAUAUAGAAGAAAGUGUUAAAGAAAUGGAUGAUGAUUAUUUUUUAAAUGGUAUUAAUGAAUUACCACAAUUUUUAGAAUGGCCAGAAUUUUCAUUUUGGAAAGGUUUUUUAGAUUAUAAAAUUAUUAAUAAACAAGUUGUUGUUGAAAGAUUUUUUUUUACAACAGCAUCCCAUGGUGCAUCUCUUAAAGAAUGGUCUUAUAGGUCAGAAAAUUUAGAAAGAUGGAGAGGUGUUGCUGAUAAGUAUAAUGAUUUAAAUGUUACGGUUUAUGAAGAUGAUGCAAAAUUUUUAGAUUUAAUACCAACAUUAAAAUCACAAACACUUUCAUCAUCAAUUUGUACAUUAGUAUGCAUGUUUAUUGUUUGCCUUAUGUUUAUGGGAGAUCCUAUAACUGUUUUAGUCGCAACAUUUUCAAUAACAUCAACAUGUAUAGGUGUUUUUGGAAUUUUAACAAAAUGGGGAGAAGAUUUAGAUCCAAUAGUAAUGAGUGCUACAAUAAUGUCUAUAGGUUUUUCUGUUGAUAUUCCAGCACAUAUAACAUAUCACUAUUAUCAAACACAAUUUAUAUCAAAUUCCAAACUACAAUCAGUUAAAUCCAGACUUCAACAUUGUCUUUUAUCAAUUGGUUUUCCAGUUUUAGAAGCUGGUAUAUCUACAAAUAUAUGUGUUAUGAGUCUUUUAUUUGUCAAUUUACAUAUGGCAACAGUUUUUGUUAAAACAAUGGUGCUUGUUGUUACAAUUGGUCUUGUUCAUGGUUUAAUUAUUAUUCCAGCUCUCUUUUAUUUGAUCUCAAUUAUCCCAACAUAUAAAAAAUCUCCAAUUGAAGAUUGUACAAAUUCAAAUGUUGAAAAAAAUUUUGUAAUUGCUUAA